AUGUCCGAAAAGCUCCUCGACAGGGUCCAGCGACCGACCACAACGAGCACACCUCUCCCUCUAUCUACGCCAACAACCGCGAUCCCCCCCAGCGCUAUCCCGUCGCCUGGUCCUUCUCACGUCGUAUCUACCAGCAGUAGCGCUCUUCUACAAUCGGCGACGGCCGUACCGACUCGCGUCAGUAGUCCGCCUUCCAGCGGCUCUCAGACGCCUAUGUCUACUGUGCCUCCACUCACGCGUGUCUCGACGGCGCCCAAGCCCAUUGACGUCUUUUCUAAAAAGAAGACGACGCUGCCGAAACACUACCUGAUGAACGCCGACGGCCAGCGCAUCGACGAGCCGCCACCAAAGGUCGACCCUGCGGUAGAGUAUGGGUUCAAUAUGCGCAUAGUGGGCCUGGGCAGGAAGUUUUGCAACAAUCACCACCUGCAUGGCAAGUGUAAUUACCCAGGCUGUAAUUAUAUCCACGGCAACAAGCUCAGUGCUAGCGAGAUGAUACUUUGA